UUUUUUUUUUCCUUUAUCUAAUGUCAUCCAUCAUUCUAAAUAAUUGCAUCCUUAUUUCUAUACAAAUUACUUUAUUUAUAAUAGGUUCAACUAAAAUAACUCAAUUAGUAUUCAAUGACAACAAUCGGAAUAAAUCUGUUAAUUACUUGAUUCGCUCUUCUUCUUUAUCGACUCUAUUACCACGACUUUUAUUCUCCUUGACCUUUAGUUGUUCUUGUACAUUAUUUUUAUUAAUCUUUAGUGAAAUAAUUCAAUUAUUUUCAAAAAACAUUCGGUAUUAUUAUUGGAAAGUGAAUAUGACAGUGUUAUUAUUUCUUGUUAUUAUCAUCAUUCCUUGGUUUCAACUAUACACAUUUUUAUACAUGACAAGAGGUUGGAAAUUGAAACCGUCUAUUUAUUUGUCAACAUGUCUAUUGUCUAUUUAUCUUUAUUUCUUUUAUAAAUUGGGUGGUGGAAAUGAUAAUAAGCAAAAAUAUGUUAGUAUUAUAUCCUGGAUUGAAUCAAGUAGUAUUAUUCAAACAUGUUGUAUUGGUAUUACAUUGAUUUCCAUCUUGUCUGGAUUUGGUGUAGUGAAUAAACCAUGGACGAUUCUAUUGGCAUAUAAAAGACAUGUGAGUGAACAUGAUUACAAGAUAGCUGAACAUGUUUAUCAUCAAACUGAAAAAAUAAUUCAAGAAAGACGAGAAUUAUUAAACCAGUUAAUAAUAAAUCAACCAUCAGAAGAUAAUAGUUCUUCAUCUACUUUUUUUAUACAUCGUAUCAUGUCCUCUUUGAGUUCUGAUACAACCUCAGAAAAGAAAGAAAUACGUCUCCUGCAAACCGAGAUAGAACAAUUAGAAGAGUUGACUAGAAAUAUGAAGUCUGAUUUGAAUGAAUUAGAACAUAGUAGAGUUAAAAUUCAAUUUAAUUCAACUUGGAAAGGACAAAUCUGGGGAUUUAUAGAGAAAGUAUUUGCCAUCUAUUGUAUCUACAGACUAUUGAUAGUAAGUAUUUUAAUUAAAACAAGCAAGUAGUUUAUAUGUAUAUACAUCUUAUUCAUGUUAGACAUUAUUCAAUGUUAUCUUUCAACGAACAACAAGUUCUUCUGAUCCAAUUACUCAUAUUUUGUCUAUUUGGAUGAGUCAUUUUGAUAACGAGAAAGUAUUUAAUGCCACUUAUUGGUCACAACAACUUAGUUUUUGGUUUGCAGGCAUUAUUGUCUUCAGUUCUGUUAAAGGAUUUUUAAGUCUUUUGACAAAGAUAGUAUUACGAUUUCAUAUCAACAACAACAAACAAAGGAGAACAACGACAU